GACGCAGUAUCGGCUGCUACGAGUGCUACGCUCGAAGUUGUCGUUUUGAUUUUAUAUGCGGCAUUCUUGUGACAGAUAGAUGGUACACAUCGUUUACUGAGCGUUCCACCUUCGGCGAAGCCGGCGAGCGUCAAUUAAAGGAGAAGAAGAGCUCGAUCUGGUUAUUUGCUGUUUCAUUUGUGGAUAUUUACAAAAUUUUAUAAUUGUUUUGCACAUAAUCGACAAAAUAUUGCGAGAUGUAAACGAGUUGGGACAAGCGUAACUUGACGUCGAGUUAGUAAAUAAACACUUCGUGCAAUUAAUUUUUAUCUGUGUAAUUAAUCUAAAAUAAUUGAAAAAUGGCGAACAAAAAGUCUGUGGUGCAAGAAUUUAAGUUGGAUCCGAAAUGCGAAUUGCGAUUCGAGGUGGAGAACAAGAACGAAAAAGUCAGAUUGGAGCUGAAGAACGGCCGGGCGGAAGUUUUCGGGACGGCGUUGGUGAGAGGGAAGAAGUACGAGUUCACCACCGGCGCGAAAGUCGCGGUUUACACCUGGCAGGGCUGUACCGUCGAGCUGGUCGGGAAAGUUACGGUCAGUUACGUGGCGAAGGAGACGCCGAUGGGCCUGUACUUGAAUUGCCACGCGGCGAUGGAGCGGAUAAGGGAGACGGCGGAGAAGGACGACUCCAUCGGGCCGAUAAUAAUGGUCGGCGGGUCUUGCGACGUGGGAAAGUCCACGCUCUGCCGGAUACUGUCGAACUACGCCGUGCGAAUGGGCCGAAGUCCGAUCUUCGUCGAUCUCGACGUCAGCCAGGGAUACAUAUCGAUUCCCAGCACCAUAAGCGCAUUCCUGGUGGAACGGCCGUCCAACGUGGUGGAGGGUUUCAGCCAUCAGGCCUCGGUCGUCUUCCACUUCGGGCACAAACUGCCGCAGGCCAAUGUGACGCUGUACAACCUGCUGGUGACGCGUCUGGCGGAGGUCUGCUCGGACCUGUUGCAAGUCAACAAGAAGGUCAGGGCGUCGGGGAUCGUCAUAAAUACGUGCGGCCUGGUCAAGGGGGACGACUACAAGCUGCUCACGCACGCGGUGCAGGCGUUCGCGGUGGACGCGAUUUUCGUGCUGGAUCAGGAGAGGCUCUACAACGAAUUGGUGAGGGACAUGCCGGACUUCGUGGAGGUGGUCUUCCUGCCGAAGAGCGGCGGACUCGUCGAGCGGUGCCAGGCGCGGAGGCCCGAGGCGAGGGAUCAGAGCGUCAGGGAGUACUUCUACGGCUCGCCGAUACCGUUCAAUCCGUACAACGUCGAGGUGAAGUGGAGCGAGGUGAGGCUGUACAAGAUCGGCGCGCCCGUUCUACCGGCGUCCUGCAUGCCGUUGGGCAUGAAGGCGGAGGACAAUCUGACGAAGCUGGUGGCGAUCACGCCGGGGCCGAGUCUGCUGCAUCACAUGCUGUCCAUUUCUUCCGUCAAUCCACCCGAGGACGUCGUGCAGACUAACGUGGCCGGAUUUGUCUGCGUGACCAACGUGGAUGUCGAGAGGCAGACGUUUACCACGUUAACGGUGCUUAGCCCGCAACCUAGACCGUUACCGAAUACAGUGUUGUUACUGUCGGAUAUACAAUUUAUGGACAGUCAUUAGAUAGAGACGGACUUUGUUGUUAUAUAAAUGUUUAUAUUUAUCCUACGUAAUAUAUGUCGUGUAAGUUAUAUAUAUAAUAUAUAUAUAUAAAUAAUCGUGUUAAAUAUAUGUAUAUAUGUACGAAUCUAGGACAAACUAACUUAUUGACUCUAAAUAUUUGGAACUAUUUUGUAUGAUUAAACAAUUUUUUAUUGUUUUUUACUUGAAUUAUAAUAUAUUU